AUGGGUAAACUCCUCCAGAAAAAGAAGAACCGGUCCGGCUUGUCCAAGGCCCGGGCGAAGAACAACCGCCUGAAGAGCGGUAACAAGAAGAUCAAUGUGUUGGGCAACGCCAUCAUCGCUGAGAACUGGGACAAGAAUCUCACCCUGACACAAAACUACAAGAACCUCGGUCUUCUUCACAAACUUAACGCCCCCGCCGGUGGUCGCGAACGUCUCCCUGGAACAGAAAACGACGGCGAUGCGUCGCACUCCCUCCAGAUCCGUGAUAGCGGCAAGGCCGCCGCUCAGAUUGACCUCGGCGAGAUCCGCGUCGAGCGCGAUCCUGAGACUGGAAACAUUGUGCGAGUCAUUCGGGACGACGAUGAGAUCGAAGUUGCGGGUGUCAAGCGCCGACGCGCGAACCCUCUUAACGACCCUUUGAAUGAUAUCGAGGAUAACGCUGUGCAAUUCCCCAGUUCAUCGGCCACCGAUGUAGUGAAGAAGCUAGAGCGCCAAGCCAACAAGGAAGGCGUCGCUGAGAAGGUUAAGAAGCCUCGUCACCUGAGUGCUCGUGAGAUCGAGUGGGUCUCACGACUUGUCGAGAAGCACGGAGAUGAUCUUUUGGCUAUGGCGCGGGACCGCAAGCUCAACCCUAUGCAGCAGAGCGUGGGAGAUUUGCGGAGAAGAAUCGACAAGUGGAAGCAGUCUCAGGAGUGA